AUGUCAGUGCCCGAUUGCAGGAAUAUUAACUCUUCUGCUGGAAUUGUUCGAGGAAGGUUGCUCACAUUCCACACUAAAAGUUUACUUAGCGGCCAUUUCGGCCUGUCACGAGGGUACAGCCUGUCACGGACCACGCCGAGCGCGCACCCACUGGCCGUUCGGUUCCUUAAAGGAGCGAGACGGCUGAAGCCCGUUACAAAGUCGAUGGUACCAUCAUGGGACCUGACUGUGGUUCUGGAGGCUAUUUGUGAACCUCCAUUUGAGCCCUUAGAAUCAUUGAAUCUAAAAAUGCUGUCUUACAAAACAGCCCUGUUGCUGUCCCUGGCGUCAGCAAAGCGCAUUGGUGAUCUCCAUGCGCUGUCAGUACAUCCCUCAUGCAUCCAGUUUGCUUUAGACGGGUCUAGAGUGGUGUUGCGUCCGAACGCGGCGUAUACACCAAAAGUCAUGUCAGGGGCAUAUAGUGCGCUCUCCUUUGAGCUGCCAGCUCUGUCAAACCUCUCGAUUGACUCGGAGGAAGAAAAGAGACUCCAUGCGUUAUGCCCUGUGCGAGUUUUACGCAGCGGUGAGUCAGAAGAACAACAGGGCAAGGAGAGUGAAGAUCCAGAGAGUGAUUUUGAGGCAGAGCAUCAACAGGGCAAAGAGAGUGAAGAUCCAGAGAGUGAUUUUGAGGCAGAGCAUCAACAGGGCAAAGAGAGUGAAGAUCCAGAGAGUGAUUUUGAGGAAGAGCAUCAACAGGGCAAGGAGAGUGAAGAUCCAGAGAGUGAUUUUGAGGAAGAGCAUCAACAGGGCAAAGAGAGUGAAGAUCCAGAGAGUGAUUUUGAUGCAGAGCAUCAACAGGGCAAAGCGAGUGAAGAUCCAGAGAGUGAUUUUGAUGCAGAGCAUCAACAGGGCAAAGAGAUAGAAGAUCCAGAGAGUGAUUUUGAGGAAGAGCAUCAACAGGGCAAAGAGAGUGAAGAUCCAGAGAGUGAUUUUGAGGAAGAGCAUCAACAGGGCAAAGAGAGUGAAGAUCCAGAGAGUGAUUUUGAGGAAGAGCAUCAACAGGGCAAGGAGAGUGAAGAUCCAGAGAGUGAUUUUGAGGAAGAGCAUCAACAGGGCAAAGAGAGUGAAGAUCCAGAGAGUGAUUUUGAUGCAGAGCAUCAACAGGGCAAAGAGAGUGAAGAUCCAGAGAGUGAUUUUGAUGCAGAGCAUCAACAGGGCAAAGAGAUAGAAGAUCCAGAGAGUGAUUUUGAGGAAGAGCAUCAACAGGGCAAAGAGAGUGAAGAUCCAGAGAGUGAUUUUGAGGAAGAGCAUCAACAGGGCAAAGCGAGUGAAGAUCCAGAGAGUGAUUUUGAUGCAGAACAUCAACAGGGCAAAGAGAUAGAAGAUCCAGAGAGUGAUUUUGAGGAAGAGCAUCAACAGGGCAAAGAGAGUGAAGAUCCAGAGAGUGAUUUUGAGGAAGAGCAUCAACAGGGCAAAGAGAGUGAAGAUCCAGAGAGUGAUUUUGAGGAAGAGCAUCAACAGGGCAAGGAGAGUGAAGAUCCAGAGAGUGAUUUUGAGGAAGAGCAUCAACAGGGCAAAGAGAGUGAAGAUCCAGAGAGUGAUUUUGAUGCAGAGCAUCAACAGGGCAAAGAGAGUGAAGAUCCAGAGAGUGAUUUUGAGGAAGAGCAUCAACAGGGCAAAGAGAGUGAAUAUUCAGAGAGUGAUUUUGAUGCAGAGCAUCAACAGGGCAAAGCGAGUGAAGAUCCAGAGAGUGAUUUUGAUGCAGAGCAUCAACAGGGCAAAGAGAGUGAAGAUCCAGAGAGUGAUUUCGAGGAAGAGCAUCAACAGGGCAAAGAGAGUGAAGAUCCAGAGAGUGAUUUUGAGGAAGAGCAUCAACAGGGCAAAGAGAUCCAGAGAGUGAUUUUGAGGAAGAGCAUCAACAGGCCAAAGAGAGGCAAAGAGAGUGAAGAUCCAGAGAGUGAUUUUGAGGAAGAGCAUCAACAGGGCAAGGAGAGUGAAGAUCCAGAGAGUGAUUUUGAGGAAGAGCAUCAACAGGGCAAAGAGAGUGAAGAUCCAGAGAGUGAUUUUGAGGAAGAGCAUCAACAGGGCAAAGAGAGUGAAGAUCCAGAGAGUGAUUUUGAGGCAGAGCAUCAACAGGGCAAAGAGAGAGAAGAUCCAGAGAGUGAUUUUGAUGCAGAGCAUCAACAGGGCAAAGAGAGUGAAGAUCCAGAGAGUGAUUUUGAGGAAGAGCAUCAACAGGACAAAGAGAGUGAAGAUCCAGAGAGUGAUUUUGAUGCAGAGCAUCAACAGGGCAAAGAGAGUGAAGAUCCAAAGAGUGAUUUUGAGGCAGAGCAUCAACAGGGCAAAGAGAGUGAAGAUCCAGAGAGUGAUUUUGAUGCAGAGCAUCAACAGGGCAAAGCGAGUGAAGAUCCAGAGAGUGAUUUUGAGGAAGAGCAUCAACAGGGCAAAGCGAGUGAAGAUCCAGAGAGUGAUUUUGAUGCAGAGCAUCAACAGGGCAAAGAGAGUGAAGAUCCAAAGAGUGAUUUUGAGGCAGAGCAUCAACAGGGCAAGGAGAGUGAAGAUCCAGAGAGUGAUUUUGAGGAAGAGCAUCAACAGGGCAAGGAGAGUGAAGAUCCAGAGAGUGAUUUUGAGGAAGAGCAUCAACAGGGCAAAGAGAGUGAAGAUCCAGAGAGUGAUUUUGAGGAAGAGCAUCAACAGGGCAAAGAGAGUGAAGAUCCAGAGAGUGAUUUUGAGGAAGAGCAUCAACAGGGCAAAGAGAGUGAAGAUCCAGAGAGUGAUUUUGAGGCAGAGCAUCAACAGGGCAAAGAGAGAGAAGAUCCAGAGAGUGAUUUUGAUGCAGAGCAUCAACAGGGCAAAGAGAGUGAAGAUCCAGAGAGGGAUUUUGAGGAAGAGCAUCAACAGGGCAAAGAGAAGCAUCAACAGGGCAAAGCGAGUGAAGAUCCAGAGAGUGAUUUUGAGGAAGAGCAUCAACAGGGCAAAGCGAGUGAAGAUCCAGAGAGUGAUUUUGAUGCAGAGCAUCAACAGGGCAAAGAGAGUGAAGAUCCAGAGAGUGAUUUUGAGGAAGAGCAUCAACAGGGCAAAGUGAGUGAAGAUCCAGAGAGUGAUUUUGAUGCAGAGCAUCAACAGGGCAAAGAGAGUGAAGAUCCAGAGAGUGAUUUUGAGGAAGAGCAUCAACAGGGCAAAGAGAGUGAAGAUCCAGAGAGUGAUUUUGAGGUAGAGCAUCAACAGGGCAAAGAGAGUGAAGAUCCAGAGAGUGAUUUUGAUGCAGAGCAUCAACAGGGCAAAGCGAGUGAAGAUCCAGAGAGUGAUUUUGAUGCAGAGCAUCAACAGGGCAGAGAGAGUGAAGAUCCAGAGAGUGAUUUUGAGGAAGAGCAUCAACAGGGCAAAGAGAGUGAAGAUCCAGAGAGUGAUUUUGAGGAAGAGCAUCAACAGGGCAAAGAGAUCCAGAGAGUGAUUUUGAGGAAGAGCAUCAACAGGGCAAAGAGAGGCAAAGAGAGUGAAGAUCCAGAGAGUGAUUUUGAUGCAGAGCAUCAACAGGGCAAAGCGAGUGAAGAUUCAGAGAGUGAUUUUGAGGAAGAGCAUCAACAGGGCAAAGCGAGUGAAGAUCCAGAGAGUGAUUUUGAUGCAGAGCAUCAACAGGGCAAAGAGAGUGAAGAUCCAGAGAGUGAUUUUGAGGAAGAGCAUCAACAGGGCAAAGAGAGUGAAGAUCCAGAGAGUGAUUUUGAGGCAGAUCAUCAACAGGGCAAAGAGAGUGAAGAUCCAAAGAGUGAUUUUGAGGCAGAGCAUCAACAGGGCAAAGAGAGUGAAGAUCCAGAGAAUGAUUUUGAGGCAGAGCAUCAACAGGGCAAAGCGAGUGAAGAUCCAGAGAGUGAUUUUGAUGCAGAGCAUCAACAGGGCAAAGAGAGUGAAGAUCCAGAGAGUGAUUUUGAGGAAGAGCAUCAACAGGGCAAAGAGAGUGAAGAUCCAGAGAGUGAUUUUGAUGCAGAGCAUCAACAGGGCAAAGAGAGUGAAGAUCCAGAGAGUGAUUUUGAGGAAGAGCAUCAACAGGGCAAAGAGAGUGAAGAUCCAGAGAGUGAUUUUGAUGCAGAGCAUCAACAGGGCAGAGAGAGUGAAGAUCCAGAGAGUGAUUUUGAGGAAGAGCAUCAACAGGGCAAAGAGAGUGAAGAUCCAGAGAGUGGUUUUGAGGAAGAGCAUCAACAGGGCAAAGAGAGUGAAGAUCCAGAGAGUGAUUUUGAGGAAGAGCAUCAACAGGGCAAAGAGAUCCAGAGAGUGAUUUUAAGGAAGAGCAUCAACAGGGCAAAGAGAGUGAAGAUCCAAAGAGUGAUUUUGAGGCAGAGCAUCAACAGGGCAAAGAGAGUGAAGAUCCAGAGAGUGAUUUUGAGGAAGAGCAUCAACAGCGCAAAGAGAGUGAAGAUCCAGAGAGUGAUUUUGAGGAAGAGCAUCAACAGGGCAAAGAGAGUGAAGAUCCAGAGAGUGAUUUUGAGGCAGAGCAUCAACAGGGCAAAGAGAGUGAAGAUCCAGAGAGUGAUUUUGAGGAAGAGCAUCAACAGGGCAAGGAGAGUGAAGAUCCAGAGAGUGAUUUUGAGGAAGAGCAUCAACAGGGCAAAGAGAGUGAAGAUCCAGAGAGUGAUUUUGAGGAAGAGCAUCAACAGGGCAAAGAGAGUGAAGAUCCAGAGAGUGAUUUUGAGGCAGAGCAUCAACAGGGGCAAAGAGAGUGAAGAUCCAGAGAGUGAUUUUGAGGAAGAGCAUCAACAGGACAAAGAGAGUGAAGAUCCAGAGAGUGAUUUUGAUGCAGAGCAUCAACAGGGCAAAGAGAGUGAAGAUCCAAAGAGUGAUUUUGAGGCAGAGCAUCAACAGGGCAAAGAGAGUGAAGAUCCAGAGAGUGAUUUUGAGGAAGAGCAUCAACAGGGCAAAGAGAGUGAAGAUCCAGAGAGUGAUUUUGAUGCAGAGCAUCAACAGGGCAAAGCGAGUGAAGAUCCAGAGAGUGAUUUUGAGGAAGAGCAUCAACAGGGCAAAGCGAGUGAAGAUCCAGAGAGUGAUUUUGAGGAAGAGCAUCAACAGGGCAAAGAGAUCCAGAGAGUGAUUUUGAGGCAGAGCAUCAACAGGGCAAAGAGGGUGAAGAUCCAGAGAGUGAUUUUGAUGCAGAGCAUCAACAGGGCAAAGAGAGUGAAGAUCCAGAGAGUGAUUUUGAGGAAGAGCAUCAACAUGGCAAAAAGAGUGAAGAUCCAGAGAGUGAUUUUGAGGAAGAGCAUCAACAGGGGCAAAGAGAGUGAAGAUCCAGAGAGUGAUUUUGAGGAAGAGCAUCAACAGGGCAAGGAGAGUGAAGAUCCAGAGAGUGAUUUUGAGGAAGAGCAUCAACAGGGCAAAGAGAGUGAAGAUCCAGAGAGUGAUUUUGAGGAAGAGCAUCAACAGGGCAAAGAGAGUGAAGAUCCAGAGAGUGAUUUUAAGGCAGAGCAUCAACAGGGCAAAGAGAGUGAAGAUCCAGAGAGUGAUUUUGAGGAAGAGCAUCAACAGGGCAAAGAGAGUGAAGAUCCAGAGAGUGAUUUUAAGGCAGAGCAUCAACAGGGCAAAGAGAGUGAAGAUCCAGAGAGUGAUUUUGAGGAAGAGCAUCAACAGGGCAAAGAGAGAGAAGAUCCAGAGAGUGAUUUUGAUGCAGAGCAUCAACAGGGCAAAGCGAGUGAAGAUCCAGAGAGUGAUUUUGAGGAAGAGCAUCAACAGGGCAAAGAGAGUGAAGAUCCAGAGAGUGAUUUUGAUGCAGAGCAUCAACAGGGCAAAGCGAGUGAAGAUCCAGAGAGUGAUUUUGAGGAAGAGCAUCAACAGGACAAAGAGAGUGAAGAUCCAGAGAGUGAUUUUGAUGCAGAGCAUCAACAGGGCAAAGAGAAGCAUCAACAGGGCAAAGAGAGUGAAGAUCCAGAGAGUGAUUUUGAAGAAGAGCAUCAACAGCGCAAAGAGAGUGAAGAUCCAGAGAGUGAUUUUGAGGAAGAGCAUCAACAGGGCAAAGCGAGUGAAGAUCCAGAGAGUGAUUUUGAGGAAGAGCAUCAACAGGACAAAGAGAGUGAAGAUCCAGAGAGUGAUUUUGAUGCAGAGCAUCAACAGGGCAAAGAGAGGCAAAGAGAUCCAGAGAGUGAUUUUGAGGCAGAGCAUCAACAGGGCAAAGAGAGUGAAGAUCCAAAGAGUGAUUUUGAGGCAGAGCAUCAACAGGGCAAAGAGAUCCAGAGAGUGAUUUUGAGGAAGAGCAUCAACAGGGCAAAGCGAGUGAAGAUCCAGAGAGUGAUUUUGAGGCAGAGCAUCAACAGGGCAAAGAGAGUGAAGAUCCAGAGAGUGAUUUUGAGGAAGAGCAUCAACAGGGCAAAGAGAGUGAAGAUCCAGAGAGUGAUUUUGAUGCAGAGCAUCAACAGGGCAAAGAGAGUGAAGAUCCAGAGAGUGAUUUUGAGGCAGAGCAUCAACAGGGCAGAGAGAGUGAAGGGCCAGAGAGUGUUUUUUCUGAGGUAG